AUGGAGCUGCCUCCCAGCCACUUCCCGGCCGCCCGGGCCGCGGCCGUGGCCGUGGGGUACCUGCGGUACCUGCGGGGCGGCCCCGGGCGAGGGCUGCAGCUGCGGGAGGUGCGGAGCGCCCGGCGCCAGGACAUCGAUGAUGUUGGGCACAAAUACUACCUGGAGCUGGAGCUGGAAGAUGUCCUGGACAAAGGCAGCACUGUGAACUGCACUGCUGAGGUUCUGUAUCACCUGGGCAGCAAAACCUCUGCUCCAGAUGUGCAGGUCACAGUGCAAGGAGAGCUCAGGAGCACAGAGCAAGCAGACAAGGAGUUCUACAAUCGGAUCAGGAGCCUGGAAAAGGAGCUGGAGGCUGAGAACAUCCCAGACAGCCACGGGAACGUUCCCCCGGAGCUGGAGCCCAUCCACCUGCUGGCCUGGGCGGCCUCUGGCUACGUGAUCUGGCAGAAUUCCACUGAAAACACCAAGUUCCACCUUGCCCAAGUCAAACACGUGAAGCAAGUGAAAAGAAGUGAUGAAGAUCUUCAGUUUGACUACGUGCUUCUACUCCACGAAAUGGUGUCCCAGGAGGUGCUGCCCUGCGGGGUGAGCGUGCUGUGGCACCCCCAGCGCGGGGCCCGCGUGUGCCACGGCCCCGGAAGCGCCUGAGCCCCCGCGGGAGCAGCGGGAUCGGCCACGGGACGAGGCGCUGAACGACGCUUUCCCGGCCCCACAAUUCCAAAAGAGCCUUCCCCGCCCCUCCGAGGGGAUCAGCGCGAUUCCCAGCGGGAAUACUCACGGCACGGGGGCAGAGAUGUUCUCCCUGAAGGCAACUUUGGGCUUCCCCAUGGUGCAAGGACAGCCGUAUUCCCUCUCCAUUCUCUGCAGGAAAAAAACCCCACAGGCAUCAGGGUUAUUCCACUGGCAGUUAUUUAGGAACUUCAUCAGGAUUCGUCGCUUCUUCGCUUGGGGGUUGCGCUGAUUUUUUGGGGCUUUUUGUUAUUUUUUUCUUUAAUGAACAAAUUAUUUCCCUAUCAACUUCUUUAAGACCUGCGGCUUCAGAGGCAGGAAGAGGAAACAGCACUAAUUAUGCUAUUAAAAUUCAAGCUUUUCAAGGCAAAAAAAAUCGCUUUUUCUUUAUUCUGUCGAUAUUUAAGAUGCACCUUUUAGAUGUUAAGAGUAAAAUACAGACAGCAGCUGGAAUGAAACAAAUCCCUGUAACUACUCCUUUCUCCCUGCACCAGCUUUUAGCAGGGAAUGAUACAUUUAAAACCACAGAAACAGAGGAUUGUUCCCUAGAAAUGAAUUAUAAUUGGAUGUUAUCAAUUAUAAUGAAAUUAAUUUUAAUCAGGAAUGAUCAAUUAUUAUAAGCAAAGGCUGCUAGAGCAAAGUGUAGUGUUUAAUACCUUUUUAAUGGAUUUGAAACAAAUCCUAAAAAUAUUUCGGGCAAAAUUUCCUUUUAGAAUUUUAGGAAAAAAAGGUUCCUUUUUUCCUUCAGAAUGGAACCACUGGAGAGAAAAAAACCUUCAAAAGUUGACUUAGAAGUUCAGCUUUUCCCUAGAGCAGCCGGAAGGAACAGGGAGGAGGGAAGAGGAGGUGGGAAAAGCAGGGAAAAGCAGAGUCCAUGGGAUGUGCUUCCCAAAUUACCU